CCAAAGAACAAGAAAGACCCAACUGCAACGACAGGGAGAAAUGGAGACCGGUGCCACCGGCGCUGACGUCAGCGGAGCGACCACCACCACCACCACCACCAUAAGCCUGAGCGUCAAGUUCAGUGGCCGAACCAUACCCAUCACAAAUCUCUCACCGGACUCGACCAUCAAGGACCUCAAGGCCCUUCUUCAACCUCUCACCAAUGUCCUCCCUCGCGGCCAAAAGCUCAUAUCCAAAGGGAAGCUUUUGGUGGAUGCAAUGACGCUGAGGGAGUCUGAGAUCACUAAUGGGGCCAAGAUCAUGCUCAUGGCUUCUCAGGGUUUGCACCAAGGGGAUGGACCUAUUCUUAAACAAGCUCAGAGUCGCCCCAUUUCUAGAGACAACAAUGCUGAUAGAUCUGAUAAAGGAAAGGCGAAAAAAGCUGCUGUUGAUAAGAAUAGGUUGGAACGAUGGAAGGCUACUGGAGUUAUAGGACUCAGUGAGUGUAACUUGAAGGCUAUUCCCGAGGAAGUCUGGGGGGAUUCUAGAACUUCUGCAAGAGUUCUUGACCUCAGCAACAAUGUUAUUCAAGAAGUACCCGCCUUGAUUGGCUGUAUGAAUUCCUUGCAGAAACUUUUACUCGAUUCAAACGAUAUAUCGGAUGACUCUGUUAGCUGGGAAGCACUAAAAUCUUUAAAGUCUUUAACUGUUCUUUCUCUGAACCAAAACCGUUUAACUAGAUUGUCAUCGGAUCUGGGCUGGUUGCCAUCACUAAGGCAACUUCAUGUUGCGAACAACAUGUUGUCUAGCCUCCCAAGUGAAUUGCGAUAUCUGCCUAAGCUUGAAGUUCUGAAAGUCAACAAUAACAGGAUCACCACCAUUCCUCCAUGGAUAGGGGACCUUAUUUCUCUUAUUGAGGUUGAUCUUUCAUCAAAUCUUCUGUCAGAUUUGCCCGAGACAUUUAGCAAUUUGCAUAAUCUAAAGUCCCUGUCUCUCAGUAAUAAUGGGCUGAAAUCUCUCCCUUCUUCACUAUUCAAAAUGUGCCUAAUGCUCACAAGACUUGACUUGCACAACACAGAAAUAACCAUGGAUAUCCUUCGUCAGAUUGAGGGAUGGGAAAACUUUGAUGAACGCCGUCGCUUGAAGCAACAGAAGAAACUGGAUUUUCGUGUUGUGGGCUCUGCUGCAUUUGAUGAAGGUGCUGAUAAAAGCUGAUGCUAGUGAUUUCUGGAAUCUGGAUUACAUGCUGCAUUUGUGUAAAUUUCAGUCCAUGCUGACAUUUGUAUCUAGAGGAACCAAAUUGAGUUUUGUCCAUGAUAGUUUGUUAUAGGAUUUUAUAUAAAUCAGAGAAAUUGGUACAAUGGAUCUUUUGAGAAAUACUUUGAAAAUUUAAUUCAAUGGUUACGGGGCAAGAGAGACCUGGUUUAU